GCAAGUUCAAGAAAUCAGAGAAAUGUGGUUCAAGUGGGGAUGCGCAGUGUUUCUUGUGGUGGGUAUCCAUCUAUCAGUAACAGAAGCAGCAGCUCGUAGGAGUAAGCAAUGCUCUUAUUCUGGAUACGCGCCCGGUGGCCCUGUCCCAAAAAUAUCGAGCAUAACAGCAAAGAAACCUGAACAAUUUGAAGAAUCUGUUCUGGAGAAGGCGCUUGAAAUUGGCGAAACGGGAGGAGAGGUCGUUGAAAAAAUUCUUGAGUUGCACAAGGUAUCCCCACAGCUUGCAUUGACGUUUGGAGCUAUAUCGAUCGCUUUAGGAAUGGCACAGAAUGAACCAUCCCCUCAGGAUAUCUUGGACAGAGCUCACGAAUCCGUCCAAUUUCUUGCGGAUGACGUCAAUGAACGAUUGAAUCAACUACAAGAUUACGCCGAUGUCAAAGACUUGCAGCUGGAAAGAAGAGUGAUGACCAGAAAUUACAAGGAACUUUUCGACCAGUGGCAGGAAUGUCUGACGUAUCAAACAAAAAGAGAAGCUGACGCCUGCCAAGGUCGUGUCGAGAGAGCCGUCAAAAGCGCCCGGUAUCAGUUCCAGCCAUUGCAGUCGAUGUUUGAACGAAAGGAUGACAAAGGAAAGAUAUUGUACGACCCGAAUUUCUACUAUAGAUACGUGGGUACUUGGCAAUGGAUGGAAAAACAUAAAGGAAAAAACGUUUUUUACCCCAGCUAUGACGAAGUUAAACGACUGGAGAUCGGGCUCAUCCCAUUCCGAAAUUACGUCACUCUCCAUCUCCUUGUCCUCGAGACACUGAUUAGGACACAGGAAGCUAUGGGAAACGAAGGAUGUAAUGACUUAAAAUUCUAUCUGCAAAGAAUGGUUGAGAGGUCUGAUUACUACAUUGGUUAUGUCAAGUGGGCCUACGAAUGGAUCUAUAUUCGACAGUACGAAGAAAAUAUGUUUUUUGGAAUACCUGGAAGAGGUGGGGGACGUUCUGCAUCCCAACGUGCCGAAGGAUUCCUUGGUACUGAKAAAUGUUCAGGAAGAACGUGCACCGUGGAAUGUUCCCAGAUAAUAAAAGACAACGUCUGUACUUUUAGAAAUGGAAGCCCAAAGGAUGUUGAAGCAGAAACGAAAAAUAUCUGUGAGACAYAUUUAGCCCAAGUUAAGGAGCAGCUCAGUAAAUUCUGGAAGGAGCAAAUCUUAGAUUUGACAAAGAUGUGGGAAAAGUACGGUCAGCAAGCCAAGAAUAAAUUGGCUUCAAUCACAUGUGAGUAG